AGCGGAGAGAACAUGACCUCUACCACGUUCAACGACAAGCCAUUCGUGGUGCGGAGCCCGGACGUGACCUACACCGACGACGAGAUGGUGUCCAAGUACACGUACCAGACUACUCUCGUGGAGGGAAACGUUGUCACCCCCAAGAGCGAGACGCUCUACUUCAAGACGCAGACCAAGGUGCCCAAGGUGGGCGUGAUGCUCGUGGGGCUCGGCGGCAACAACGGCAGCACUGUCGCCGCGGGAAUCCUGGCCAAUAAGCACGGCCUGACUUGGAACACGAAGGAAGGCGAGAAGAAGGCCAAUUACUGGGGGUCCCUGUGCAUGGCCUCCACCGUUCGUCUCGGCAACGACUCCAACGGCAAUGCGGUCAACGUUCCUCUGCGGAACCUCCUGCCCACCGCUCACCCCAACGACUUCGUGCUCGGGGGUUGGGACAUCUGCAGCGACAACCUGGCCGAUGCGAUGGUCAAGGCCUCCGUUCUGGACUACGACCUGCAGCAGAAGCUGAAGCCGAUGAUGGUGGACAAGAAGCCCCUGCCGUCCAUCUACUUCCCCGACUUCAUCGCGGCCAACCAGUCGGAGCGCGCCGACAACGUCCUGACUGGCACCAAGCAGGAGCAGAUGGAUCAGAUCCGCAAGGACAUCCGCGAGUUCAAGGAGAAGAACAACCUGGACAAGGUUGUGGUGCUGUGGACCGCCAACACGGAGAGAUUCUCGGCGCUGGAGCCGGGCAUCAACGACACCAAGGAGAACAUUCUCGCCUCCAUCACCCGCGGCGAGGAAGAGGUAUCCCCUUCCACCAUUUUCGCGUGCGCUUCCAUCCUGGAGGGAUGCUCUUACAUCAACGGUUCGCCGCAGAACACGUUCGUUCCCGGUGUGAUCGAGCUGGCCGAAGAGCACAAGGUAUACAUCGGCGGAGACGACUUCAAGUCUGGACAGACCAAGAUGAAGUCGGUCAUGGUCGAUUUCCUGGUGAGCGCCGGGAUCAAGCCGACGUCGAUCGUGUCGUACAACCACCUCGGGAACAAUGACGGCAGGAACCUCUCGGCGCCGCAGCAGUUCCGCUCGAAGGAAAUCAGCAAGUCUAACGUCGUGGACGACAUGGUGGACUCGAACAAGAUGCUCUACAAGGAGGGCGAGCACCCUGACCACGUCGUGGUCAUCAAGUACGUGCCGUACGUGGGCGACUCGAAGCGUGCGCUGGACGAGUACACGUCGGAGAUCUUCAUGGGGGGCAAGAACACCAUCUCCAUGCACAAUACGUGUGAGGACUCGCUGCUGGCAAGCCCCCUCAUCUUCGACCUCGUCAUCAUGGCGGAGCUUUGCGAGCGGAUUCAGGUUAAGAAGGAGGGCGGCAAGUGGGAGGGCUUCCACUCCGUGCUGAGCCUCCUGUCGUACAUGCUCAAGGCUCCUCUCGUGCCCCCCGGCACCCCCGUUGUGAACGCCCUCUUCGCCCAGCGUCAGGCAAUUAUCAACGUCAUGCGGGCGUGCGCCGGUCUCGCUCCGGAGAACCAUAUGCUCCUUGAGCACCGCCUCAAAUCGGAGAUCGACGGUCUUGCGGCGGGGCCGGACGCCUCCGUGGAAGCGCCGGCGGCGAAAAGGGUCAAGGCGUAGCGCGGGGAGCAGGGUAGGCAGUAGGCAAGGCAACAGGGCCGUCCACCCAGGAAGAAACCAACCCCUUUUUGAUUAGUUGUCGUGGGGGUGGACUGGGUGUACAGCCGGCCGGGAGGUAUACCUCUGAGGGACCAUACCACAUCAGGACUCAGCUAUCUGCGUGCCCCCUUGGUUGAGAGGUGGACCCCCACCUCAACCAGACCUUUUAUCUCUCUCAAUUCGAGCAGCAUCCCAUUUCU